AUGACUGCGAUAAUUACUCUCGGAGCUUUCAUUGGCGCCCUCAACCAGGGCUGGAUCGCGGACUGGGCCUCUCGGAAACGCUCGAUCAUGAUCUCCGUCGUCAUCUUCACGAUUGGUUCUGCCACUCAGACUGGUGCCGCCAACUACAAUAUGCUGGUUGCUGGUCGCUUCAUCGGUGGUGUCGUCUCCAUUACUUUCAUGGUAUUUAAUGUUGUAUCUAAGCUCUCCAUGGUUGUUCCCCUAUACAUCGGCGAGAUCUCUCCCCCCGAAAUUCGUGGAUCCCUUCUUGUAUUCGAAGCCCUAUUCGUCGUGCUCGGUAUCGUGGUCGCAUUCUACAUCACCUACGCUACUCGUCACAUGCCCAGCAACUGGUCCUGGCAGCUCCCAUUCCUCCUCCAGAUCAUCCCAGGCAUCAUCCUCGGCCUGGGUGCCAUCUUCCUACCCUUCUCGCCGCGGUGGCUCGCAUCCAAAGGCCGCGAAGAAGAGGCUCUGCAUAACCUCGCCAAGCUUCGCCGUCUCCCCGACACUGACAACCGGGUUCGCAUUGAGUGGAUGGCAAUCCUCACGGAAGCUCAGUUCCAACAUGGCGCGGUCAAGGAACGCCAUCCCUCACUGGUAAACUCACUGGUAAACUCCCCCAGCGCCACGGCCAAAGUAAAGCUCGAGAUUCUCGGCUGGAUCGACUGUUUCAAGGGCGGGUGCUGGCGCCGCACCAUGGUUGGCGCCGGCCUGAUGUUCUUCCAGCAGUUCCUAGGCAUCAAAGCCCUGAUCUACUACUCGCCCACCCUGUUCGGCACAAUGGGCCUGGACCUGGAGAUGCAGCUCACCAUGUCCGGCGUGCUCAACGUCCUCCAGCUCAUCGGCGUCUUCACCAGCGUCUGGACAAUUGACCGCUUCGGCCGCAAGACCACCCUGCUCUGGGGCAUGAUCGGCGCGUUCAUCCCCCUCCUCAUCAUUGCAAUCAUGGUGGCCAAGUUCUCGUCCGAUUGGCCGUCCCACACGGCCGAGGGGUGGGCGUGCGUGGGCCUUCUCUUCUUCUACAUGCUUGUAUUUGGAGCCUCGUGGGCACCCGUGCCAUGGGCUAUGCCUGCUGAGGUGUUCCCAUCCAGUCUCCGUGCCAAGGGUGUCUCUAUCUCGACUUGUUCCAACUGGAUCAAUAACUUCAUCAUUGGUCUCAUCACCCCUCCUCUCGUGCAGGCGACCGGGUUUGGCGGUUACAUCUUCUUUGGCGCUUUCUGCGUCAUUGCCUUCGUCUACGUUUGGUUCUUCGUUCCGGAGACCAAGGGUAAGAGUCUAGAGGAGAUGGACGAGGUAUUCAAUGACCACAAUGGCUCCGACGACGUUGCCAAGAAGGAGAGGAUCUUACAGGCCGUGUUUGAUGAGAAGUUGAGCUCUCGUGGGAAUGUGUAA